AUGGCGUCCAACAAUGCUUCAGGAGGGAGCUCUACCAUGGUCAUCGAACUCCCUGAGCGGACGCUUCGAAGCAGCCGCUCAAACAAAGAAUUCCACGAGGUUGUUAAGGACGAUAGAUCUGCUGGUGCCCUCCCACCUCCUACCACUGCCGUUCCACAACUACAGAAAUGGAACUCACCACGCAUCAAUGUAUGGCGUUGUUUUGCCACUUUUUAUUCCUUCAUUGUCCUUGGAGCCAACGAUGCAGCAUAUGGUCCCCUCAUUCCAUAUUUAGAGACAUAUUACAACAUCAACUAUACUGUCAUCUCUCUGGUUUUCCUUAGUCCUAUCGUUGGUUACUCAUGUGCUGCUUUGACCAACAAUCACAUCCACACGGUGUACGGGCAAAGAGGAGUGGCCAUCAUCAUGAGUUGUUCCCAUUUGAUAGCAUACGUUGCCAUCUGUCUCCAUCCGCCUUAUCCCGCAUUGGUUGUUGUUUUCAUUCUUGCAGGUUAUGGGAAUGGCUUGGGUGACAGUGGCUGGAAUGCUUGGAUUGGGGACAUGGCCAACGCCAACGAGGUGUUGGGCUUUCUGCACGGAUUCUAUGGACUCGGCGCCGCCAUUUCACCUCUCGUGGCCACCUCACUCGUCACACAGGCUGGGUGGGAGUGGUACAAGUUCUACUACAUCAUGGUCGGUGCAGCGGCAUUGGAAGUGGUUGUCCUGGUGUCGGCUUUUUGGGAGGCUGAUGCAAAGGCUUACAACGCCGAGCAUCCACAUACCGUGGAGAACAUAAACUCUAGCGAGAGCGAUCCUUGGACAAUUGAAGGUCACAACCAGGAACGCUCACCUGCGAAAUCACGGAGCUUUUGGAAAAAGAUUAGUCCAUUUGGGAAAAGGGCCAAAGGCACCAAGAGCAAGACAGCCGAAGCCGUCAAGAACAAAAUCACGCUGCUCGCAUCAGUAUUCCUCCUGGUCUACGUGGGCGUCGAGGUCAGUAUUGGAGGCUGGAUCGUGGUGUUCAUGCUCAAUGUCCGUAAAGGUGCACCAUUUGCCUCUGGAAUGGUGUCGACAGGAUUCUGGCUGGGCAUCACGGUGGGACGUCUGAUCCUUGGUUUCGUGACCGGGAGGCUGUUCAAGACAGAGAAGCACGCGGUCGCCGUCUACCUCGUGUGCAGCGUGGCAUUGCAACUGAUGUUUUGGCUCAUCCCCAACUUCUUUGUCAGUGCUGUCAUGAUCAGCUUUGUGGGCUUCUUCCUUGGGCCACUUUUCCCCGCGGCCAUUGUGGCCAUGACCAAGUUAUUGCCCAAGAACCUGCACGUGGCCGCGGUGGGAUUUGCAGCAGCGUUUGGAGCCAGUGGUGCGUGCGUCUUGCCCUUUGCUGUGGGUGCCAUCGCCAACGCCGCGGGCGUCAAAGUCUUGCAACCUAUCGUUCUGGCAGCCCUGGUAGUCUGCCUGGGUGUUUGGGUCUUUAUUCCCAAAAUCCCCAAGCAGAGAAUGGCAUGA